AUGAGCAGUGCUACUCUAAGUCGAAGUGACUUCCGCUUCUCGAUUCGCGGGCUCCUCGUGAGUACUGCAAUCGUGGCCGCGGCACUAGGAAUUUGGAAAGCACUCUCGCUGUACGAAACUCCUCCGACCAAGCCAGUUCGAUGGCCGAGUUCGAGCGGUGGAUACGUUCAAUUCGGAUUAAGCGACGAAGCUUUCACCUAUCUUCUGAUCUCCAAGCUGCCGCACCAUAGGGUGUACACCCUUAGUUCUUGGGUCACACGCUUUGGCUACACACGAGAAUUCCUCGGCGUCUUCGGAAGCGUUGAGGCACGGUACAUUCCGCUGGGGCCUACUCCCACAAUUAUUCUCGUCGACAAACAGGGCAAGAUUCGCACCGGGAACUGUCCUGUAAGUCGCGUAGAGUUCCAGGAGUUCAUUAACGCAUUGGAAGCGGCUCCCGCCGAUCCGAACCUCGGAUGGAAAGACUCCAUCGCCGUAGCCGAGGAAUUCCUGCAGUCACACCGCAACCACCUGCAACGCGAUGCGAUACUGCUGGCGAGUUUGGAUCCACUGAAGCACCGACUCACGGUGCGAAAACUGUUGGUGCUGGUGGCGAUUGUGGCCGCGGUGUUUGCUGCCUGCGUCAACCUGGUGCGAUCUUCAACGCCGGAAACGCUGGUCUCGUCGUGGACCGAUUCCAAAGGUGGCUUUGUCGAAGUCGGGCUCGCCGAUACAGCUUACUCGCACCUACUUAUCUCGCAGCGGUCUUUUGAGGACAUCCAGCUAACGCGCCGCGAUUACCUAGCCUUUCCCAAGUACACACGCACCACACUAUUUGUCGAUGGUGAACCGGUCAAACUGGGAAUCAAGCCUUUAGUUAUCUUCAUCGACGGGGAAGGUGAAGUACACACCGCAGCCUGCCCGGUUGAGUUCGACGAAAUCCUGCGUUUAACCAACUCGCUGAGCAAUCUCACCUGGCGCGAGAGGGGCGAUGUGAUGCCCACGACCUCAAAAUGGUUGGAAACGCACCGAGACUUGCAGUGGCCUUCGGCCCUGAGACAGUCGUGGGCAUGGUACAGUGCGAACAGUUCUGAUUCCCCUUCGCUCGCAUUCUUGCCCGCCAUUGUGGACGACCCGCAGCCUCAACCGAACGACGACCAUUCCGGCGGCCAUGCCGGCCCUUUGGCCGUGGUGGCGUUGGUAACACUGGUCGUCUUCGCCCCGGUCACAACGUUCGAGUUCGUCGAUUGCGACGAUGCGGUGCACGUGGCUGGGAACCGUCACCUGCUACCACCUUCUCUGGAAGGGGUCGCAUGGUUCUGGAGUAAUCCCUACCGAGGGCUUUAUAUACCGCUGGCGUAUACGUUCUUCGCCGGCGAAGCCCAGCUGGCGCUGAACAACACCGCGCGGGACGGGCUGCCGCAAGUUAGUCCAGCCGUGUUUCACACCGGCAGCCUGCUGCUACACGUGGUGUGUUGCUGCCUGGUAUAUCUCCUGCUGGCCCGCCUGGUGCGGAACCGCUGGGCGGCCGUAGCCGGGGCUCUGCUGUUCGCCCUGCAUCCAUUACAGGUUGAGAGCGUCGCCUGGGUCUCGAUCACCCCAGGGCUGCUGGCCACCGCGUUCUCUCUGCUGGCCUUAUGGCAAUACACGAUCUAUUGUCAAAACGAAAGCCCUGCUCAGCAGGGCGGAUCUAACCGAGUUCAUUACGUGAUCGCCACGCUGGCCCUGAUCGCCGCACUGCUCUGCAAACCGACGGCCGCGGCCGUUCCAUUGGUGGCGGCCUGUUUGCGGUUCGGCUGGCUGGGGCGUCCGCUCCGCAGUGGCUGGGCGGGGCUGGGUUUGUGGUUCGCCCUCGUAGUGGUCGCCGCCGGGGUGGCGAAAUCGAUUCAGACCGACAGCGAUAUCCAAGGGCUUUCCGCUGCCUGGCAGCGACCGCUCAUCGCCACCGAUGCAAUCGCGUUCUACGGUUACAAACUGUUGCUGCCGCUAGGGCUGACACUCGACUACGGUCGUUCGCCGGCGCGAGUCGUCGAGCACGGCUGGCUCUAUUACACGUGGGUGCUGCCAGCGGGCAUCGCGGUCGCCCUGUGGUGGGGCCGGGCGGAAAGACCGUGGUGGACGGCCUUCUCCAUCUUCCUGGCGGGGCUGGCCCCCGUGCUGGGCCUGCUGCCGUUUGGCUAUCAACAGACAUCCACGGUGGCCGACCGCUACGUGUACCUGGCAAUGCUCGGACCAGCCUUGGCUGUGGCGUGGUGGCUGGCGAGCACCCCCAGCCGAACUCCGCGGCGGAUCGUCAUCGCCGGCCUCGUCUUUCUGGCCGCCCUAAGUUUUCAGCAAGCUCGCGUGUGGCACGACAGUCUGCGGUUGGCCGAACAUGGAUUGCAGGUGAAUCCCAAGAGUUAUCUGCUGCAUAUGGUGCGUGGCGAGGUGCGCGAGCGGCAGGGACAAUCGACUCUCGCCCUGCAAGACUUUCAGACAGCCGUCCAUUUGGCCCCCGAAUUACCUGCAGCGCAUGAACGAGUGGGACACGCGCUGCUGAAGCACAACAAACCGAUUCUGGCCUCUGAGGCGUUCCAGCAGGCGAUCGACAUCGAGCCCCGCUACCUGGCCGCGUACAACGGGCUGGGCCUGGCCUACACCCGGCAGGGUCGAUUCGACAAGGCCGUGGCGGCAUUUCAGGCGGCGCUGACCAUCCGGGAAGAUUCGGCCGCCACGCACAACAACCUGGGCGAAGCGUAUCGUCUGGCGGGUGAUCAGAAAGUGGCCCUGCGUGAAUAUCGCCAGGCCGUCGAACUGGACCCGACGUUGGCGAACGCCCAGAAUAAUCUCGGUCUGGCGUUGGUCGCCGAGGGCAAUCUUGACGCGGCCGUUGAGCACUACCAGCAGGCGUUGCAGCGGUUGCCCAACAGUGCCGAAUUGCACAAUAGUCUGGGGGCCAUCUACUUCCAACAGCAGCAGUGGGAAGCCGCCCGGGAUGAGUUCGCACAAGCGAUCGAACUUCGGCCCGGGUUUCGUGAGGCAGAGGCCAACCUGGCAGCCGUGCAGUCGCAGUUGGGCCGUUGA